GAUCAAAUUUCCAUCCAACUUGCAGAAUGGACUCACUACAGACGUUUUUCUUUGUCAUUUCCAGUCCAUUAUCAGCAGCUUUUACCCCAAUCCGUUUUUGAUGGGAAUAGGGAGAGUGGAUUCCCAGAAUGUGGCUGAUCCUUCUCUCCAUCUCCCUGUGUUUUUCCCGGGUCUCUCCCGAUGCUAACACAUUUUCAGUGAUCUUCACAGCAGUCUCUGGCAUUUAUGAUAUGCCUGAGGUUAUUGGGAUUGCAAUGGUCAAUGGAAUCCAGAUUGAUUAUUUUGACACCAAACUCAAUCAGACCGUCCCUAAAUUGCAGUUCAUGGCAGACACUUUUGGUGUUGAAUACUGGAAAUAUAUCACAAGUCUCGUGAAGACACGAUCAGACAUUGCAAAGCAGGUUCUGGAUACAAUGAUGAAAAGUACAAACCAGACAACUGGAAUUCACAUUUUUCAAUGGAUUAGGAGUGUGGAGGUGAAUGAAGAUGAUAAAGUCAGCAGAGGUUCCACAAAGAGAUCGAUGCGUUUUGGAUUUGAUGGAAACGACUAUAUCAGCUUUGAGCCAGACAGAAUGAGAUGGGUUGCUUCCAAUGACAACGCAGUGAAGAUAAAGCCUGAAGUGUUCAUCUCCAGGAGGGAGCCCAAUGGUCAGGACAAGCCACUCACUCUCUCCUGCCUGGUCACUGGGUUUGAUCCUGCAGACAUCGAGGUGACCUGGCUAAGGAAUGGAGAGGUCAUGUCUGAGACCCAAUCCUCGGGGGUUCGACCGAACCACGAUGGGACCCAUCAGAUCCAGAAAGAGAUUGAGAUCAAUGCUGGGGAUGAGGAUCAAUACUCCUGUCAAAUUGAACACAGCAGCCUGGCAGAGGGCAAGCUCUAUCAGUGGGGUUCACCAAGUGGGACCUACACAACAGCUCCCACUUCUGAAGUCUCUGGUGCAGCUUCUUCAUGAUUCAUUAAGUGACAUGGCAACUUUUCUCUGACUUAGGUUUAUUUAGAUUUAGAUUCUCUAGAUUUAUUUGUGACAUUUUCACAUCCGUCCUGACCCUGUCGCACCCUCCCAGACACUGUUAAACCCUGUCAGACUAAUUCCCCUCCCCUCCCCACCCUGUCCAACCCUCCCAGACACUGUUAAACCCUGUCAGACUAAUUCCCCUCCCCUCCUCAUCCUGUCCCACCCUCCCAGUCACUGCUGAACCGUUUCAGACUAAUUCCCCUCCCCUCCUGACCCUGUCCCAUCCUCCCAGGCAUUGAUAAACCCUGUCAGACUAAUUCCCCUCCCCUCCUGACCCUGUCCCACCCUCCCAGACACUGUUAAACCCUGUCAGACUAACUCCCCUCCCCUGCCCACCCUGAAGUGAUUGCCUUGUGGGUUUCCUAGGCCCCACUACAGGACAUUCCUGGAGCCUCAUUGCGGAAUAACAGGAUUCUCCUGUUCCAGUGGGAACAUGGACACCAUUGUCUGUCCUUCCAUAUCACAGCAGACACACAGAAUUACAGCUCAUUGCUCACACUCAAUUCCUUCAGGACUGAGAUCAAUUUUUCAGGGAAUGUGUUUACACACAUUGAGCAGUGAAUCCCAGAUCCACAAGUUUGGAUCCUGGUUCUUCAAGUGAGACCUUCUCAAGUCAUGUUUCCAUCCCGUCCCAGAAAUGUGUGCAGUGUCACCAUCAGAGGGAUCUUCACGGAUGGUUCCUCCCUCACACUUUCUCAUCCUCACUGUCUUCAGUGGGUCACUGAUUGACCUGAAAUGAAGCAACGUCCUGAGGGAACUCAGAGACAGUUUUUAUAUUGAAGGAAAUUGGUUUUGUAUCUGACAUUAACAAAUUUCACAUGUUAUGUAAGCUCUGUACAUCCAUAUCAGUUUUACAAAUUCUAAUUCUUAGAUAAAUAUCUAUAUAAAUACUCUAAAUCUGAUUUAUUGUUGAAUACUAAAAUCUGUCACAACUUAUCACCAUUGUUUAACUACAAUCACCAAUAUGUGUCAUUUGUAAUCGCUAGAAGUUAUUUAUUGUCUUAUUGAUUUUGAUGUUUUUAUUAAUGAUUCCACAGGAAUGAUUAUAUUCAUUUACACAGCAGCAGCUUGUGGCUCUUGGAAUCAGCAGAUGUUGAGCUUCAAUUCACUGUGAACUGGGGGAGUUAUGACCAUCCAACUCCCCAACAAGCCUUCCCCAAACUAACCAGGGAGUACAAAGCGAGGUUUAUUUCAUAAGUGUGUUUCAGAGCUGGAUGGUUGAUAAUGUCUGGGAGUGUUCAUUCCCCGGGAGGAGGGGGGGGAUGGGUGAGGGGGAGUGUGAAGAGAGGGCCAGGCAGCUGCUGAGAAUCAGGAAUACUUCACUGACUGGUGACCCAGCAGCUAUUGGGGGGAGGAAAGGGCAGGCUCACCAGCUGAAUGACCCACACAAUCCUUGAGACGUUAUCAGGAGAGAAUCGUAAAGUGGCCCCUGUCCUGUCCACUCUCCAGGAAUGAGAUUUCAGCUUCAAGUCUAUCCUCCAAUUGGACAUGUUAAUGAUUAUACUGAGGUGAUAACUCUUGACAAAAAGUCAUUGCUCCUGAUCAAUCCUGUCAGAACCUUUUAAACGAUGUCAGCUAUGUUUUGGUACAAUGUAAUUCUUGUUUGAAAAAUGAUACAGUGCUUGAAUAAUGAGAAUGUAAGAAAUGGGAAUAAGAUGAAAAUGGAUUUUAUUCCUGACUCUCUGUUCCCUCAGUCGCUUCCUGCAAGUCUGUGUCACACGUGUUCCAUCUGCAGGAACAAAAUUCCCGUCAGUUUGAAUGAUAUUCGGUCACCAGGGACAGUCCAAUCCUGGAAUGAAACCUGGGUUCGAGGUGGAAUAUUUGGAGAUGGGGUUCCCAUGCAGAAAAGACCAUCUUCAGGAUUGGAUCCUCAGACACUGGAACCACAUGAGCUGAACAUUGUCACCGUGAUUCAUGAUCAAAGCAUCGAUAGCUGGUAGCUCAGCUUUUAGGUGGACUUCAGUGUCAGGAUCUUGUUUAACCACCUGGUCUCCAUUGGCAGUGUCAGGUAGCUCAGGGGAUGGUGAUUCCAGAUCAUAAUGUGACCUGAGUAUUUGACCCACAUUUCAGGCAGACAGAGGGAUCCAAUGGGUGGAUAGGAAGAAGGAGGAAUUACAGCGAAAGGCAAAUAGACAUUGAUGCAAUGUUAAGAUAGCAACAGUACAUACAUGCACACACUUGCACACACACAGACACACACACACACACAGACACACACACACUCACACAUACACACACACAUACACAUGAACACACCGGAUCAUCAACGCCACACUCACAGGAAUCCGAUUCACGAGAGAGGAAGAAAAGGACAACCAGCUCCCAUUCCUAGACGUGAUGGUACAUAGAAUACCGAACGGAGAAUUCACCACGAAGGUAUACAGAAAAGCCACACACACAGACCAAGUCCUGAACUAUGAAAGCAACCACCCCAACACACACAAACGAAGUUGCAUCAGGACAUUAUUCAGAAGGGCCACAACACACUGCAGCACACCUGAACUACAAAAAGAGGAAGAAGAGCACCUAUACAAGUUAUUCACCAAGAACGGAAACCUGCGCAAUUUCAUCAACAGAUGCCUUAAGGAAAGACAACGAAAUGAGGACAUGCCACAACCCAAAGGACUGGCCACACUCCCAUAUAUCAGGAGCAUUUCUGAACUGACAGCCAGACUGCUGCGACCACUAGGACUCAUAACAGCACACAAACCAACAGCCACCCUCAGACAACAACUCACCAGGACAAAGGACCCGAUACCCAGCAUGAGCAAAACCAAUGUAGUGUACAAAAUCCCAUGCAAGGACUGCACAAAACACUACAUAGGACAAACAGGAAGACAACUAACAACCUGCAUCCAUGAACACCAACUAGCCAUGAAAUGACACGACCAGCUAUCCCUAGUAGCCAUACACUCAGAUGACAAACAACACGAAUUUGAUUGGGACAACACCACUAUUAUAGGGCAGGCCAAACAGAGAACAGCCAGGGAAUUCCUAGAGGCAUGGCACUCAUCCACAAAUUCUAUCAACAGACACAUCGACCUAGACCCUAUAUACCGACCACUGCAGCGGACAGAAACUGACAACCGGAAGUGGCAGAUUCAAACCAGUAUAAAUGCCGGAGGAAUCAGCACAGAAGCGCUUCACAGGAGGCUCCCAAGCAUUGAAGAUGUCACCUAGAAAGGGGACGAAACGUUUGCAACAAAAACUCCCAGCUAGGCGAACAGAAUCACAUUAAACAACCCCUCAGUUCAAGUUUAGUCUGCACUGUUGACAGAACCCACAGCUACACAAACAGGGUUCGAAAAAGGUAUCCAAUUCCUUACUUUGAAAAAAUACAACCAUCCUUGUAAAUCCCUGGGACUAUGAAACCCUGUCCCAAGCAGGUCCUAGUAGUUGGACCGUUCCAUACCACCUGUCCUUCGUGGGGAAGUUUAUGAAGAAAAACACCUUUGACCACAAGUCCAUCAGGAAGUGGUCAGCACGUAGUGUUCUCGAGACCCUUUGGGAAAAGGAGAUGGCGGAUCCUAUCGAGCGGUUCCCUGAGCAGACUGUCAAAGUCAUUUGGCAGAAUGCCUCAUCGUCUGAACUUUCCAACAAGCACCAAGACAUGGCUUGGCUGGUGGUUAGAAGGGCUCUGCCUGUGAGAUCCUUUAUGCACAUCCGGACUCUCAGCCGCACCGCACGCUGCCCUCGAAGUGGCUGCGGGGGGCACGAGACUGUCACACACCUCCUUCUGGAAUGUGCCUACGCAGAAGAAGUCUGGCGAGGAAUGCAGUGGUAUUUGUCGAGGUUUGUCCCGAGCAGCGCCGUGAUGCGGGACUCCGUGCUCUACGGCCUGUUCCCCGGGACGCACACUGAGACAAACAUCAACUGUGCCUGACGAUCAUCAACUCGGUGAAGGACGCUCUCUGGGUGGUCCGAAACCUGUUGAUCUUCCAGCUGAAGGAGUUGACCCCGACUGAGUGUUGCAGACUGGCACAUUCCAAGGUCCAGGACUACGUGUUGAGGGAAUCGCUGAAGCUUGGGGCAGCUGCCGCCAAGGCGUGGUGGGGAAAGACCACCGUGUAACAGCUGCCUGUCUAAAGAAGAUCAGGGGGCCCAUGCAGUCGUUUGGGCUCUGCUGACGCCUCGGCUAAAUAUGUGGAUAGUAAUCGUACAGACCUGAAUAUAUGAAUGAUUACUGUCUCUGUAUGCAAAGAAAUUGAAUGUUUACAUAUGUAUGCUAUGACCGAU